AUGCAUGAUGUUCGUGGCUUGUCUGACACUGAGUGGGUGUCAGAUGAGUUGGAUAGUGGUCCAGACAGUGAGGACGAUGAUGAUUCCAUUCGGAGAACUUUGUUUCCCACAUUUAGCAUGCCUAAAAGUUUGACGGAUUAUAAAUGGGAAAAUGACAAAAAGAGGGUUGCUGUAAAAUGUUUGGGGAGCCAGGGUAAAUGCAAAUGGUAUGCUUAUUGUGCUUACAGGUCAGCUGCCAAGUCAUGGCAGCUAAGAAAAGUUAUUGAUGAUCAUAGUUGUAGUACAGUUUGUAAUGUGAAGUUGAUGACUUCUAAGUGGUUGAGUCAAAGGAUGGUAAAAUUUGUCAAAGAGAACCCUAAUAUGAAGGUGAUGGACAUUAGGGACAAAGUAAGUAGGAAAUGGAAUGUAGGAAUCUCUAGAAAUAUGGCUUUUAGGGUAAGAGUCAUGGCAAAAGAUAAUGUUGAGGGGUCAUUCAAGGAACAAUAUAGAAGAAUCUAUGAUUAUGGUCAUGAACUUCUGAGAGCAAAUCCAGGUUCAACAGUCAAAAUAAAGGUUGAAAAUAGUAAUGAAGAGUGUAUAUUCAAUAGAAUUUAUGUAUGCUUGAAAGCAUGCAAAGAUAGCUUCAUUAGUUGUAGACCCAUCAUUGGAUUAGAUGGAUGCUUUUUGAAAGGCAAGUAUGGAGGGGAGUUACUAACAGCAAUUGGAAGAUAUGGAAAUGAACAAAUUCUUCCCAUUGCAUAUGUUGUUGUUGAGGGACUUUUGCCAGCAAUUCAAGAUCUUCUACCUGGGGUAGACCAAAGAUUUUGUGUUAGACAUUUGUAUUCCAACUUCAGAAAGAAAUUUCCUGGAAAAGACCUUAAACAUAUGAUGUGGAGGGCAGCAACAACCACAUAUCCACAACUAUGGGAGGCUGAAAUGAGGAAAAUUAAAGAGAUAAAUGUAGACGCAUUUAAAUACUUGAUUGUAAUUCCACCUAGGUUUUGGUCAAGAUCUAGAUUCAGUCCUAGAUCACAAUCUGACACUCUUGUCAACAACAUGUGUGAGGGGUUCAACAGUGUGCUAGUUAGUAGUAGGUGUAAGCCACUUAUCAAUAUGUUAGAAGACAUUAGGGUUUACAUCAUGAAGAGAUGGGCUACGAACAGGACAAAAAUGGGUUUGUAUCAAGGUUCUGUGUGCCCUAAGGUUCUCAACAAAUUCGAAAAGCAGUCAUGGUUAACCAGAUAUUGGUUACCAAGAUGGUCAUCAAAUCAAUUAUUUGAAGUCUUACACAUUUCACAAUUUGGGGAGCAAUUUGUUGUCAAUAUUGAAAACAAGGACUCCAGUUGUAGAAAGUGGUUAAUAACUGGAAUUCCUUGCACUCACGCAAUAACUGCAAUGAAAUGCUUGAAUUUAAAUGCAGAAGACUACAUUGGCCAUUGGUUUAGGAAGUCUACUUAUGAAGAGACCUACAACACCAUCAUUUAUCUUAUUAAUGGUCAACUUGUCUGGGACAUAACUUCAUAUCCAGAUGUGUUACCCCCAAAGAAAAAGACAAUGCCAGGAAGACCCAAGAAAAAAUGA